GCACAUCCAUUUUGAUAGUAUGACAAUCUGUGGUGUAAUCAAGUGUUGCAUAUAAUUACAUAUAAUAACAUUACAACACAUUAUCUCACAUUUGAAUCACAUUUUGCAAUAUUAAGACCACAGUUGAAGGGAUGACUGGUUUUGUGACGUGCGGACCAAAUGAGGCACUUGUGGUGUCAGGUUGUUGUCAUCGGCGGCCACUGAUGGUGCCGGGAGGCCGAGUGUUCGUGUGGCCCGUUGUCCAGAAGGUGCAAAGGAUAACGUUGAAUACGAUGACGUUGACCAUAGAGUCGCCGCGAGUGUAUACCCAACAGGGAGUGCCGAUAAGCGUGACGGGCAUCGCUCAGGUGAAGAUUCAGGGCCAGAACGCAGACAUGUUGAGAGCCGCGUGCGAGCAGUUUCUCGGCAAGUCUGAGGACGAGAUCAUGAAUGUGGCGCGAGAGACACUCGAAGGCCAUCAGAGGGCUAUCAUGGCCUCCAUGACUGUCGAAGAGAUCUAUAAGAAUAGGAAGAAGUUCUCGAAGAAGGUGUUCGAAGUGGCGUCCAGUGAUUUGGUGGACAUGGGAUUCACAGUCGUGUCGUAUACUAUCAAAGACAUCAGCGACGAAGAGGGAUAUCUGAAGGCUCUGGGAUUGGCGCGAACUGCAGAAGUGAAGCGCGACGCCCGCAUCGGUGAAGCCGAAGCCAAAAGGGAUGCACUCAUUAAGGAGGCGUUGGCUGAGGAGGAAAGGAUGGCCGCGCGGUAUGUGAACGACGCUGAGAUCGCCAAAGCGCAGCGCGAUUUUGAACUCAAGAAAGCGGCCUAUGAUGUAGAGGUGUUCUCCAAGAAGGCCGAGUCCGACCUGUCCUACAAUCUACAGGCGGCCAAAACACGCCAACGCAUCAAAGAUGAACAAAUGCAGGUGAAAGUAGUGGAGCGGACACAAGAGAUUCAGGUUCAGGAACAGGAGAUAAUCCGCAAAGAGAAGGAAUUGGAGGCCACUGUCCGCAAACCGGCCGAAGCGGAGAAAUUCAAGUUAGAGAAGUUGGCCGAAGCGCACAGGAAUAAGGUUAUUAUGGAGGCAGAGGCCGAAGCACAGGCUCUCAGACUCAGAGGAGAGGCCGAGGCCUUUGCUAUUGAGGAGAAGGCCAAAGCAGAGGCCGAAAUGAUGGCUAAAAAGGCCAACGCAUACAAGGAAUACGAAGCGGCGGCUAAAGUGGAUAUGGUUUUGGAUUCUCUGCCUAAGAUUGCGGCAGAAGUGGCCGCACCGUUAGCUCAAUGCAAUCGAGUUGUUAUGAUAAGCAAUGGUAACAGUGAAGUGGGCGCCAGUAAACUGACCGGAGAAGUGCUCGAUAUCAUUACUAAAGUGCAUCUGACUGUCUCUCAACUCACGGGAGGCACUCCUUUGCCUAACGUAAUGGGCGCCAGUAAACUGACCGGAGAAGUGCUCGAUAUCAUUACUAAAGUGCAUCUGACUGUCUCUCAACUCACGGGAGGCACUCCUUUGCCUAACACACCCGCAUCGUUGCUCACCGGGAAGCCCGUGGCUUCAAAGUAGGAGCUCUUUCACUACUCAUAUAAUAAGUUAUUCUUUGUAUUAGAGCUGAAAGAAUACUAAUUCCUAUAAUAAUUCUUAUGACUUAUAAUCGGUAACUAAAGCUAUUUUCAUCCAUUGAAUAACCAAUCGUCAACUGCCGGUUCUUUUCGCCUCAAGUCGUGACAAAACUUACUAAUCAAGUGGUCUUUCACUCGCGAACAACAUUUGGUCACUUAAUCCAAUUCAUCCUUAUUUGUAUUUUUAAAACAUUUUUAUGCUUAACUCUCACUAACUUUCAAAUAUAUAC